AAAGUAGCAAAAAACCCGUUUCAUCGAAACCCUCGACCUCUUCGAAGAACCACAACGUUUUCGAGAAAAAUCAACGCUUUGGAUGGCGCCCAUGAGCGAUGUGAAGUACAAGACGAUUCAGCUGGAUCUCCGGGAGGGCGUUUGCACGGCGACGAUGGAUGCGGGAGAUCAAGGCCAAGUGAAUCUGAUGACCGGGAAGCUCUUCAAAGAGUUUGGCGACAUGGUGAAGCGCGUGGCGCGCGAUGACCAGAUCCGCGUGCUGGUGGUGAAAUCGGCCAACGAGCAUUUCUGGUUGGCGCAUUUGGACGUGAACGCCAUUCUGAAUGAGCCAAACCCACCACACGAACGAGGAGAGGUGCUGAAUGAGUGGCAUUCCAACAUGGAGAUUCUCCGGAACAUGCCCAAGGCCACCAUUGCUGUGCUGGCUGGCCGGGUAGGUGGAGGAGGCCAUGAGUUCGCCUUGAACUUUGACAUGAGAUUUGGCCUCUAUGACAAAACCAAGAUUUGUCAAAUGGAAGUUCCUCUGGGCAUCAUCCCCGGCGGCGGCGCGUGUGUGAAUUUGCGGCGGCUUUUGGGCGCCGGGAGAGCCAUGGAGGUCAUUUUGUCUGGAGAUGACAUUGAAGCAGAGCAAGCCGAGCGAUGGGGCUUGCUGAAUCGCUGCUUCAAGGAUCGUGAGCAGCUGGAGGCGCACGUGGCGCGCUUGGCGCAGCGCCUGGCGCAGUGGCCCAGCGAGGCCGUGCGCUGCGCCAAGGCGUCGGUCCUGGCGGCCGAGCGAAUGCCUCACACCGAGGCGCUCAAGGAAAACCUGAUGCUCUUCUACCGAUCCCUUCGAGGCCCUGAGGCGCGUGCCCGCUUGCAGCGCUUUUUGAAGGAAGGUGGUCAGAGCUGGUCUGGUGAGAUGGAUUUGCAGAGCACUCUGAGCAAGUUGUAGGCCGUCGUCCUUUGGGCAGACCGAUCGUUGUCCUGCAGACGAUAGGGGUCUGACGCGAAGGGGUCGCGCUGAAACUGAUUUGGAGAAGGAAGUUGCUUUUGAGGCCGCAGA